AUGGCUGGAAGACGGCUGCUCGAUGCGGCUAAGCUGUUCAAUGCGACGCGCGCCGUCGCUAAGCAGCACAUAGCUCUCCGCUCGCACCAGCUUGACGUCUACACUCAAACUUCCUCUCUCGCCAGAGCCGUCAAGGACCAGACUGAUCGCGUCACCGUCACUGCUCGCGCCGCCAUUGCCCUGUCGCAACGCUUCAACGAACCUCCGCCGUCCUACACCCGCACCGAAGCCACAUCGGAAGAGCGCGAUGAACACAUUCCUCGCAGGAGCACCGUGAAGGGCGACGAUGAGCCGAUACAGCAGAAAUCCGGGUUGGAGCAGGACCACCACUACGACCGCUCUGAACACAACGCCGUGCACCAACCUCCGCCUGAGGAUGAGCUCGGCGUGACGCAGAAGGAAGCAGACAGACGACCGUUGCCAGAUGGCACGAUUCCAGCGGCGGAUACGGACUUGCGAUCUAGUUCAGAGAAAUUCGACUUCUUCUCAUCUCGUCCUACUCCGGAGCCUGCAAAGGCACCGCUUGCGCAAGAGAAGGCAGCUGGCACGGAAAGCGUCCGGCCUGUUAGUUCGUCCGAGUCUACCAUACCAAUACCUGGAGCGCGGGACCAGCUCUCGUCCGAAGCAGCAAGGAUACGUCAGCGGGAAGCAGAAUCACAAAUUCCUGGAAGGUCGGCUGAUUCCGAAGGCAAUCUGACGACUGAGCCGAACGCAGACGUUUUCCAGUUCCGCUCAGGCAAGACGAGCCCUGAACUCUCGUCUCUGCCCCGAGUCAAGGUUCCCAAGGUUGCCGAAACGGUGCAAGGAUCAGUUGAUGAGGUUGACGACGGUGCAAUCAAUGCCGAGGUCUACUAUUCUGCGGAGAGGCAUGGCGAGCAGGAACCGGUACCCAAGCAACAGGCUAUUCCUGAGCAGGACGAGGUUCCUGAGGGCAUCAACCUCGACGUCUUCCAUUCUCCCCGCGUGGCGCGUAUGCUUGGCGCAAGGAAGCCAGGACUCGACCGUCAUAAGGAAUUGGAGAUGAAGUUUGCUCGCCGGGCCCCCGUCGAUCAUACCAAGCUCGCAGAGGGAAAAGACCAGGAUACGUUCAAUGUGCGUAACUCUGAAGCAACAGAUCCCGCGCCUCCGCCGCAGGCUGCCAAGGCAGCGGAUUCUCAUUCAAGAGAUGAAGACAUCCAAAAUCUGGCAAAGGAAAUUGCGAAGGAUGCCGCAAACGCUCCUUCGACAGCAGAGAUACCACCAGAAAUAAGCUCCAAUCCCGAGAGGGCUGCUUACCAAUUGCGAGAGUCCCGUGUCCCCUCGUCUCGGUUUGGCAGAAUUUGGCAAUACGCCGGUCUUGGAACCAGCAUGGCGUUUGGGGCCGUUGGCGAAAGCUUGCGUCGGGUUACCGGCGGAGCGGCGACGGGUGCUUCGUUAAUGCUUAGUGCUGGAAACAUGGAACGGCUUGUGGCCAAGCUCUCGCGAAUGCGUGGCGCAGCUCUUAAACUUGGCCAAAUGAUCAGCUUUCAAGACAUCAAGAUGCUUCCUCCGCAGAUCCAUGAUGUUCUGCAAAGGGUCCAGGACAGCGCAGACUACAUGCCUGCAUCUCAGCGCAAUAAGGUGCUCGCGCGCAACCUCGGCAGCAACUGGAAAGACUUGUUCGAGUCUUUCGAGGAUGUUCCGAUAGCCGCAGCAUCCAUUGGUCAAGUGCAUAAGGCUGUGCUUAAAUCGACCGGCAAGGCUGUGGCGGUGAAGGUGCAAUAUCCGGGCGUUGCCAACUCGAUUGACUCAGAUCUGAGCAACCUCUCGCUUCUUUUGACGGCAUCACGGCUUUUGCCGAAGGGCCUGUUCCUCGACAAGACGAUUGCCAACGCGCGCACGGAACUUGGUUGGGAAUGCGAUUACGUUCGCGAAGCCGAGUGCCAGGAGCGUUUCAGGAAACUGCUUGCUGAUGAAACGGAGACAUUCAGGGUCCCGGCCGUUGUGGCCGAGGCUUCGGGCAAAGAGGUGCUGACGGCGGAACUGAUGUCCGGAAAGGGCGUCACCAAGCUGUCUUCAAUCAGCCAGGAGGAGAGGGACUGGAUCGGCACACACAUCCUGCGGCUGUGUCUGCGCGAGCUGGUCGAGUUCCGAUUCAUGCAGACGGACCCCAACUGGACAAAUUUUCUGUACAACGGCCAGGACAAGAAGAUCGAGCUGCUCGACUUCGGGGCCUCCCGCGACUACCCGCUGGAAUUCACCGAGCCCUAUGUCAACGUGCUCAUCGCUGCGUCCCGCAACGAUCGCGAUAUCAUCCGCGAUCUCUCGAUCCAGCUCGGCUAUCUUACCGGUGCAGAGUCGUCGGCCAUGCUAAACGCGCACAUCGACUCUGUCCUCACGCUGGCGGAGCCGUUCAAGGCGGACAGCCCUGCCGUGUACGACUUCAGGGACCAGACCAUCACCGACAGAGUGCGCAGCUUCAUCCCCACCAUGGUCCGAGAGCGGCUCGCACCGCCGCCCGAAGAGACGUACUCGCUGCACCGCAAAUUGAGCGGUGCUUUCCUGCUGUGUGCUCGACUGGGCAGCAGGGUGCCGUGCCGGGCGCUGUUCGAAGAUGCGAUACGAAAGCACGAGGAGAUGAAGAAGCGCGUCUAG